AAAAUCUGCAAAAUAUCCACGAAGGGCCUUCAACGCUUUGACCUACUUCAAGUCGAUUCGACUGAACAGCUGUCCUCGAAGGAUAGCCCGAAACUUCUGGGCGGCACCAAUCAUUAUGAUCAGUUACCUAAUAAAUAAGAAUUAAUAGUGAAGCUUUCAACCUCAUUUUGUAGUCGUGACUUAGACUUUCCUUCUUGUAGACUUCGAUGCGAAAAGACACGACUCUAGAAGCCCUUCUUUCUAAGACAAGCGGACGGGCAAAAGAGCGACCGUGAGGGCGGAGUGCCUUUUCUCUAAUGUCGAAGUAAGAAAACUAAUCAGGAAAAACUUAAAGGCGCUGAAUUAGAAUGAUCUCUUCUAGUUUCGCACACUUUACUUUGAACUACUAGCCGAGGACUCAUGUGGGACAGAAUGUAUUCAGAUGUGGCAUGGAAGUCGAUUUGAAAAUUCGUAGCUUUAGGCACAUAGGUAGUAGUAGUGGCGCGACCACGUAGAACGAAGAUGCCUCAAAGAAAAUACGAACAUCGUAUUACAACCAUUUCUCCUACCCGCCUGGAUUUGUCAUUUAACGCUCAAUUUCGGGACUAUCUUCAUUGAAUCAAUCGCAUUCAUCGCCGUAAUUGUUUUCUUCAAUAGAAAUAGAACGAGUGCUGAAAAUUUUAUAUCAACGCUAGCAAAACAUGAUCAGUGCCAUACCUUAUUGAAUAAUUCGUCGUCAUAUCUGAGACGACGACUCGCACUACUAGCGAACUUCAGCGAGCUUUAUUUUCACCAACGAAAUAGUUAAGUAGAUAAACGAAGGCGUCAAGAUCAAGUCGAACGGCCUAAACAAUUCAUCCACCUUCUUGAGUGUUAGUGGUCUCAUUAAUUCCCCUCAACAUCUAAGGCUUGGCCGCAAUAUCAUACCUAUGAUCUUUAUGAUGUUGAUGCUUAUCGUGCUAAUUUUGAUCUAACCUUACCUUUUGAUCCCUGUGAUUUUCCCCUGAUGCGAAACCUUGAACCUGGAAGAAACAGAAAGAAACUUUUGUUCCAAAACUUAUAUCAUCGACAUACAUUAUUACACAUCUGAUGACAUCUCCAGCAACUCGUUUUGGUUUUGAUUUGGUGGUGGUAAACUACCUACAAAAAGGAGGCC